GGUAGCGCGUCAUAAGCCACCACGCGUGAUACCGCUAGCAAGCUACCCGUCCAGCCUGUCCCGUGGCCACAUGAUGGCACCGCCAUGGCCGCCAGGGCAGGUCAUCAUCGACUUGACUGAAGACGACGAGCCGGCCUCGUUUGCGUCCUCUGGAGCGGACAGAAGCAGGCAGCUACCCACAAACGGCGAUCACGCAGUCCCGAAGCCACGCAUACUAUCGACAACGCCGAUCCCGGUGCCUUCACAACCAUCAUGGGCCACGCCACCAACACUGGCACCAGCACCAGCACCAGCAUCAGUACCAACUCCAACACCAACAGCACCAGCAUUAGCUCCUCCUCCUCCUCCUUCUCAGGUGCCAGAUCUCACGCCAUGGCCCGACAAAGCCAAGCGUCGCAAGUACGGUACUGCCAGUCUAGGCGGCUUGGAUGCAUUCCGCAAGGUAAACCCAGACUGGGCAGCGAAACGAGGACAACAGCUAGCAGCAUGGAAUCUUUCCUCCAGCCAACAGGCGCGCAUUCUGGCGCCGCUUUCCCAAGGAAUCAGACCAUCAAUCGAGCCAGUUGAAGUAGCCAGCCAAAGCCAAACGCAACAUAGCUCGCAACAACCAAACGGAGCACCACAAGGCCUCGCCGACCAAAUUGCGGAUUCUCCCGAGUACGACGAGCUUCCUCACAAACAGCCUACUAAGCCCGAUGCUGAGCAUAGCCGAGCGCGAGGGAGCAGCAAUGGUAGUGGAAGCCCCCCACGAUUGCAGUCGCCACCGAAGUUACUUGAGAAGAAGCCGCCCCGGAAUACAAUACAAAGACAAAAGGCACUAGCCCGGGCUACGAAAUGGCAGGGCGGCCGGGCGCUUGAGCUUUCAUCGAGAGGAAGCAGUAGCACACCCGAGCAGACUCAUCGUAGCUUUGGGAUCACAAGGCGGCCGUACCUAGCUGCCGCCGAACGCCGGCAGAUUAUUGCGGGGAGCGUAAUCGGAGUGACCUCGCCUCUAGAAACACAGACACAGAUACUACACGUCGACUUCACCGACGAGGAGAACAGUUUUCUGCGGACGCUUGCACGGAGGCACUAUAGACGCCCCGCCACUGGUGGCCGUUUGCCGAUUCGCGACCUGCGGCAUAUUCUCAAGAAAGACCUGGACCGGUCGUUACAAAAGGCUCUUCUCAAGGAUCUGCGAGAAGGCUUCGUUGGACAUCGUGAUCUCACUCCACCUACUGCAAUACUAGCGCGUACAGAGACAGAUUUGGUUAACUACUUGCGCGAUCUUAUCGUCAGGCGGUACAAUAGCUCGCCGCAGUGCCUUCGCUUGGAGCCUGUGAGGAAGAACCCGCAAGCAGUCAAUAGGAUGCCUCAGGUGUUGUUUGCUCGAGAGAUUGUUGGCAAGCGUGGCUUUGGUACCUUGAGACGAUAUCAAGAUUUCGACACCGUCUUUCGAAACGAUGUCGAAGACCGGCUGGAGCCAAGAAUGCAGUUCACAGGCUGCGCAGGCGACAUUGUGACGAUUUCUUGGCUGUCGGACAACGACUUCAUCUGUGGCACAACAACACACUCCGACAGCCAUAACCAGCAAUACAACAAGCCUGGCAACCUAGCCCUUGGUAAUGUUACGAAGAGACAACUGGUGGCACAUCCAGGCCAUCGAAUUCUGCGUCCUCUCGUGUCACAUGGUGACAACGCUCUCGAGUCCAUGCGUCACAGCCAAGACCCUUGGCUCUUCACAUCUGUUGUAUGGUCUGACUAUUCGUCUGUGCACAAGCUGGCAUUUACCUCCAGUUUUGAUCACACGGUCAAAAUCUGGCAAUGUCAUGAAGGCUCCAUGCAUGCUGCAGGCACAUGGCCUCAUGAGGGUCGUGUCAAUUAUGUGGUCGCCUCCACGAGUGAGCAGGGCCCAGUGGCCACUGCAGCAGACGUUGCGGAAAAGAAUGUCAGGGUCUACCACUUGGACGAGCCGCGACAUGACUUGCCUCCAGGUCAUCUCUACUCCGAUGCCAAGUACGACGAGUACUCAUGCUCACGCAUCAGCGAAACUGGUUUCGUGCAGUCGGACAGUUGGUCAUACUAUCCAGCCGCGAUCCGCUGGGGAAUUGCACCAUCAGCGCAACAUCUCCUGCUUGUCGGCUACUCACCACGAAGUCACCACGGAGCAGGCGCUGACUACGAAAUCCCCGAGGACAAGCUCAACACCGGAGAGCUCUGCAUCUUCCAUACGAAGCUCAAGAAGCCGCUCAGAGUCAGCGGCGCAGCUAUGCAGAAUGUCUUUGAUGUUGUUUGGCAUCCGACACAAGUCAUGUUCGCGGUGGCCACGUCGACAGCACCUGGAAUUGACAAUAGAGCAUCCGAGUACAACAAGACUCAGAUACGACUCUUCUGGCCGUCGCCCGAGGGUGGUUUCAACGUCCACAAGACACUCGACUGUCCUGCCACCGACAUCAACAUGCUCACGUUGAGGCCAAACAGCAAAAUCUACUCUUAUGUCACAGCGAGCUGCACAGACAGUAGAGUGUACGUGUGGGAUUCGAGCGGGAGCGACCGUCCUCUGUGCGUGCUGAAACACGGAGACCCCAUUGACGAGAUUCUCGGUGAUCGAGAGCGGGAGGAUGUGGGAGUAACAUUUACGGCCUGGAGCUCAACCCCAGAUCGACUGUACACUGGCUCUUCUGAUGGAGUAGUCAAGGCCUGGAAUAUAAGGCGAGGGAAACCUGUCCUUGUCAAAGACUUGGUUGAGCUAAGCGGGCCUGUUACGUAUGGUGCAUUCUCGCCAGAUCUGCGUAAGCUGGCGAUUGGAGAUGGGACUGGAAAGGUCUGUAUCCUGACACAGGACGAAGAUGAUGAUGAGCCGCCCGUCCAGGGCCUGAAGUUGGACGUUCACGGACAAACCCGUACUGUCAGGCUGCCACGGGCCCUUCAACCUCAUCCAGACGUACCAGCACCAGGUGACCCCUCAAAGGCCGAAGAUGCAGGUGGUACAGACUGGCUCAGAACAGGGAAGGUUAUCUAUAAGCCUGGCUUGGGGGUUUCCAAGGGUCCAAAUUACUCCGACUUGGGAUUUUACCGGAGAGAUCUUCAUCUCAACGAAGAUCCCAUAGGGCCACUACUAGCUCGCCAUCAGGCCACCCAGAUGACUGAGAGGCCGCCCAUGUUUUGGCCAGUACGGCGGCAGGAAUGCACCACUGCCGGUAGUACACAUCACCUUUCAAGCGACUUUGCUUGUUUGCAGCUAGAUGCCGCCACUGAAGCACAGCUCCAGGCCGAAAGGGUCGAGUACGACAUUAGCAAAGUGGACUAUGUCUUUUCGUAUGAAGACGACGAAGAGGAAAACGAGGACAAGGAUUCCAGGCAUGGCAACUCCAGAAACGGGAUCUUGUACAACAUGCUUAGAUCAGACGAGACAGACCAAAGCGAUUCUAACGACGAUAACGACGACGACGAUUCUUCUGACGAAGACAUGUCUUGAAGGCAAUGACAAAAACAAAACAAAAAAAGGCCUAGUAUUCUCCUCUAGACUUCUUGUCUUGACGUUCUGUAAGAGGAAGCUGUAGACGAGAGAAAUAAAAACACUCAGAAACCUGUAUAGUCAAAUUCUUAACCGUGAUAUCGAGUAUCUUUUUGUGACGACCCGACCAACAGGGGAACUGCUUG